AGUAUCUAUUUUUGGGUGAUUUUCAGGUUGUGCUAGUUGAAUCAAUCUUCAAGAACUUGGCUUGGUACACUUGGUACUUAUAGUAGGGACAACUUGUUCUUAAUCUAUUAUGGCACCUGAUCCUAGAGUUUUGAAGGCUUUCAAGGCUAUGAAGGCCAUUGGAAUCAGUGAAAAUAAAGCCAAACCUGUAUUACAGAAACUACUGAAACUGUAUGAGAAAAAUUGGAAACUCAUUGAAGAAGAGAAUUAUAGAGCACUUGCUGAUGCUAUUUUUGAGGAGGAGGAUGCUGAGGUUUCCGAACAGAAGAAAGCUAAAAUUGUUGAACAAGGAGAAAAUUUUGAGGAAGAACCUCUUGCUGAUGUUGAGCCUUUACGGCCCUUAAAGCGUUUGCGUAGAGGCCUAGAAGUGCCGGCUACACCACCUCUCAGCAACUCCAGCCCAGUGUCAGGGGGAGCUUUAUUAAGAAGGCCAAAAUUGGCAGAGGGUGAACUACCUUCCACUUCUAUGCAACGGCAGUCUCAAGACAAGACAAAGGCCCUACAACUCAGCACUGGAAAUGUAGGGGCUGACACUCCGUGCCUUACUUACAAAGGAAAGGAACCUGUCUUGCCUAUAAUUUCUUCUGCAGAGAACAGAUCUAUUUCUGGAGCAUCUCAUGGAGUGCUCAUUAGAGAUUCCACAGUUGGGUCGGGAAAUGUACUUUUGCCUAAGAAGGUGUCCAAUUCUCAAGCAUUGAUCAAACCCAAAGAUGAGCCAUAUACUGAUGACAUGUUUACUGAUGACAGAUCACAGUAUGAAGUUCCCAUUGCCGUGAUCCAUCCAGGCAUAAGAGGUUCAUCUGCUGGAAAUGUUUCAAUGGAUGAGCCAGUUGGGCAGGAGCCUCACCCAUCCCAACAUGUUGGGGGAGAAUAUAGAAGUAGUGGGCCACAAGCUUUGUUGACUAAGAGAAGCUCCAAUUGUGAGCUUGCUAAUGUUCCUGAAGGAUCUCACCCUUCCUUAGAGAUUGCAUCUUCGACCUUGGGAGAGGUGAAGAUUUCUCUAACCUGCAAUUCUGCUGUUGGAAGUCCAAAUUUUCAUAAGCCUACUCUAGAUGAACUAAGAGAAUUGAUGGAACAGAGGUGUCUUCGAUCAUAUAAGAUCAUUGACCCAAAUUUUUCUUUCAUGAAUGUGAUGAAAGAUUUGUGUGAGUGCUACAGGGAAUUGGUAACUAAUUCAUCUCGUGAAUCGCAGGAAAGGGUAAGUGUGAUGCCAUCUCUUGAUCUAUUGAGGAAAUCUAGUGCUCGGGAUGCUCUUCUUUCUGGGGGUAGUGAAGAAAAUAUUUUCAUGUCAUCUUCUAUGAAUGGUACUGCUGAAAGAGAUGAGAAACAGGAACUAAAAGACUGCGAAUUUAUUAACUCAUCUAGUUUGGCUGUAGUUCCGCAGUGUCAAUUAAAUGCUGAUGAAUUGAGGGUUUUAAAUGAUGUUAAAGACAUUGCUAAAGGACAAGAAGGAGUUGUAAUUCCUUGGAUUAAUGAAAUUAACAAUGAGCGUCUAUUGCCAUUCCACUAUAUAUCCCAAAAUUUGGUGUUCCAAAAUGCUUGUGUGAAUGUCUCUCUUUAUCGGAUUGGUGAUGAGAAUUGUUGUUCCUCUUGUUUUGGUGAUUGUCUAUCAUCAGCAGUAGCUUGUGCUUGUGCACGCCAAAGUGGGAAGUAUGUUUACACUUCAGAAGGCCUUCUAGAGAAAGAGUUCUUAGAUGAGUAUAUCUCAAUGACCCGGGAUCCUCAACAACAAUGCCUCUUGAAUUGUAGAUGUUGCCCGCUUGAAAGAUCAAGAAAUGAAGGUGUUAUAGAACCAUGUAAGGGUCACAUUCAGAGAAAUAUUAUAAAGGAAUGUUGGAGCAAAUGUGGCUGUUACAGGCAGUGUGGCAAUCGUGUGGUGCAGCGUGGCAUAAAUUGCAAACUUCAGGUGUUUUUUACUCCUGACGGAAAGGGUUGGGGGCUUAGAACUCUAGAGAAGCUGCAAAAAGGUGCUUUUGUAUGUGAGUUUGUCGGAGAAAUUGUAACCAUCAAAGAGUUGUAUGGGAGGAACACCAAGAACCUUAACUGUUCGGUUCUACUGGAUGCAUAUUGGGCUUCAAAAGGAGUUCCAAAAGAUGAAGAAGCUCUUUGUUUGGAUGCCACAUGCUAUGGAAACGUUGCCAGGUUCUUAAAUCAUAGAUGCUUUGAUGCAAACUUGAUCGAGAUUCCAGUUGAAAUCGAGAGUCCUGAGCAUCAUUACUAUCAUCUUGCGUUUUUCACAACAAGAGACGUGGAUGCAUUUGAAGAGCUAACCUGGGAUUAUGGUAUUGAUUUUGAUGACCAUGAUCAUCUCGCGAAUGCAUUCCUGUGUCGAUGUGGCAGUAAGUUCUGCAGGAACAUGAAACGUUCAAGUAGAUCCAAAGCCAUGCUGAAUACAAGAUGAGCUGGCUUGUGGGGCAUUAAAUUGUAGAAAUUUUAAAACGCUGUAGAUUAAUCUCUUCCUUGAUGAAGAAAGGAGAUGAAGUGGAUUUUAGUUUGGCUACACCACUGUCCUGUUGAAUUUGCCAAGUAGGAUUAUUAAUGGAAGCUGGGGGUAGUUCUUUUUGAAAUGGUUUUUUGUGUAGGGCUAUGUUGACCAUUUUUGGCCCAUGUAUAUUGACGGUAGUGGCAAACUUGACCUGCAGGCAUUUCUUGUUGACAAAUACUCUGGGCAAAAGUUUGACUGCUGUAAUUUGGUAAAACUAAACUUCUCUUAGCUUCUGUUAUUGACAAAUAUUGCUGUGUCGCACCAUGGUUUGUAAUCUAAUA